AAACUGCGAGCACGAAUGCGAGCGGAACCACGAGGUGCGAGUGUCGCACGAGGCCUCGCCUCUCGACCAUGAGACACAAAUCCGAGCAAAAUUAUCGUUUCUGGUGUGGCCGCCAUCGUCGUCGUCGUCGGCACUACGGUCCGUGGCGCAUCCACCGAUUCUGCGCCAGCCAACCGGCCGCCUCCCGCCGUCUCGCGCCCGCUGCGGUACGCUUUACAGUACAGGAGAUGGUGUGAUGAUGCGCUUUUCCCACUGUUGUGUUGGGUGGUACGGCUCCGAAGAUGCCGAAGAUCCUCCAUCCUUGACGUACUUCCGGGACGGGGCGCGAUUGUGCAUAGGCAGUACUGUCCUGCGAAGGAAGGAAGGGAAGUGAAGGGAAAGGGAAGGAAUGGAAUGGAAUAAGCCUGUCAGUGUCGAAUGGGCGUAUACUGUUGCGUUUCCAUGUUUGCAGCUCCGGCGCUGAGGGGACGAGGAAUUUGGACGGUGGUGCGCAGCGUCGGUGCGAGUCUCGAGGUGUGUUCCCUGUGAUGAGCUCUCCGUGGAUGGGGUUUGGAUGACGCGAUGAGACGGAGCCUCGGGCCCCUCGUGCAGAAGGUGGCGGGCGUUGGCGGCAUUCCUCGUUGCGUUGGGCGAGCGGUGUUGGCGAGCAGGUCGAAUUGAAUUCAUGGCUGGAUGGGAGCAAUUGGAAUCUCUGAAGCUCAGACAGGCUGCGUAACGUCUCAUAGGUCUUAGGAAAGUGGAAGGAGGAGUCCAGGGUGCACCGGGUUUGCGUAGAUUGAGAGCCUGUUUUGGGACGUUCUGUCAGAUGGUUGACCACUGAAUGAGUUGAUAUGAUCAAUCGGGGCAAUGACAGCGGGAGUCGUGCGCUUGAGUUGGGGGCUGGUGAGCUGAGAUGAGACUUCUUGACCGGAGUGAGCUGAAUUGAAGCAUGAAUUGAGUGCAGGAGCAGAUGUUUACGAUGCGACAGGAAGGAUUGUUUGACAACACCUCAUAGAUUGGGGGUAGAACUCAGGGCAGUUUCCGGUGAAUCAGGGCCCGUUGUUUCUAUCAGCAGGCUUGUUACAAUGCAAAUAAUUUGUAGGAACUAAGCAAAGAUAGGAAAUUCUCGCUGUGCCAUCUUUUGGAAGUAUUUUCUGCAAUGUUCCAUGUGCUCAAAUUGCUGUCGUGCUGUUCAAGAGGAGAAGAAAUGCAGCUGUCUUUGACACGGUCCAUUUAAAUGACCAAACCGAUUUACCCGAUGUUUUAAAGCAGAUCCUAUGAUUGAUUUCACCAAACCAAGCUUUGGUUUUGAAGCGAGCACGCUUCAACCGCUAGCUUCUUUCCUGACGAUGUGUCCCAAGACGAGAUACACUUACCGAAGAGCUGAUGAUGAUCAAGAUCAGAAGUGUCUACAAUGAAUGUCCCUGCUUCUGUUUGAGUUGUUCGGGGAUGGGGACCUUAACGAGCUUCUCAAAUUCUAAACUUUUCAGCCGGAUGAACCAUGUCGGAAUGUUGAGCUCUACUGUCAACCCAGUCUCGGGAGGUCCUUUCACGAUCCUGAGUCCAUGUAAGCUACGUCCGGAUGCCUUCAGAAAUUCUCAAGAAUCUUUGCCUCCAGAUCGAAAGAGAUGGUUGCGUUCGAGUCGCAAGAUCACAGCAACGACUUGUAUGCGUCGGGAUAACGAAGCCACACAGAAAAUGGACGUGGGAAGCAUUGACGAAGCUCUUACGACUAAAGCCAUAACUGUCUGUAAAAGUCUGCCGGUGGUGUUGGCUAUGUUGACCGCAGUACUCGGAGGCACACCCGCUCGAGCAGGUGUAGAAUCUACUUUUCAACCGAUGUUCAGUGGGCUGGUGGAUGCGACAGCUAACAAAGUAUCACCUGUGGAAGCUAUAUUAGCAAGGCAGUUGGCUCGUAGGUUUCGGGAGAUGAGUGAUGAAGAGCUCAUUGUGGUUCUUCAAGAACUGUUGAAAGCCAGUAGAUCUUCUAUCAGUCCGGAGGAUCUGUUACCUCAUGGGAAAAGCCGUAUGGACUCUCUUCUCGAAGAAGAGAGCAAGGAAGAUAACAGCAAGCCAGUUGAUGAUGGACUUACCAAUAAGGAUAGAGGGCCUCAAUCCCAAGGAGGAGGUGAAGUUAGAAUUGAAGGACCCGAGUCCUCUUUACCUGGUUCAAUUUUUUCAGAUUCAGGUCCCGAGGAAAGCAAGGAAAAUACUCGCAAGCUAGGUGAUGUUAAGGAUAGAGACCCUGAAUCGAAAAGAGGUGAAUCGAAAAAUGGACGUCUUCAGUCUUCUGCUCCUAGUUCGAAAUAUGUUAACCCUGGUUCAAAACAAGAAAACUCUGUGGUAAGGCCACCGAGCUCCGUGGAUGGAACUGCUCCUGCGGAUGCUUCUGCAACAAAGAAGUCGGAAUCAGCAGCAACUGGUGAGUUAGAGAUUGGUGCAGCAGAGCAGUCCGCAGAGCGGAAUAGUAAGUUGGGAGAGUUUCCAGGAGAUAACCAGGAUAUGACAGGGAUCUUAUGGGAGGAGUGGAAAAGAAGGCUGGAUGGACAGAAAGUGCUAGAACCAACCACCAGUGUAGAAAUUAUCAUGCCGUUGAACGCGGCAGACAUCUGGCGAAAUAUGCAGACGUCUAGCAUGAGGAUCGCUGAAGGAGCAAGUGAAGUCACUUCCUGGAUCAGCGAAAAUCGGGAAGCAUUGGGUGGCGGUAUUCUGGCUUCAAGUAGUAUAUUUUGUGUGUUGUUUAUCAGGGAGAAAAUACUCUCUCUCUCGUCAGGUAAGGGAAACAAAGGUGAAGCAAACCUCAAGGUUGAUCGGACGCCUACCAAGACCCAGGUUUCUUCACUCAAUCAGAAAGAUGCGGGACAAGGACCUUGGAGCUUCUUGGAAGCUCUUCCCACAUCCUUCAAGGCUGCUCGAAAUGGGAUUCUUGGUACGGAAGAUAACUCUGCCCAGAUCGAGAAAACUUCUUUUGAUUCGACAACGAAUUCCAUCAGCUCUUUUGAAGGUAACCCGGCUAGAUCAAGUACUGUUCCUUUGAAGUCAGAAGUGGGGCCUGUUAUCAGUGAGUUAAGUACAAGUAGUGACAGGAAGGGAGAUAGAGACGAUAACGAUCUGAAGAUGAGGUUGAAGACGGGCCUAGAUGCCGCAGAUGCUGCCUAUGGGUCUGGUCUAGAUGACCUCAGGUCUUUCGAGUCUUCUAAGUCGCAAGGAAGACUUAGUGGCAAGGACGAUGACACAGGCUACAAAAGUCCUCGUCUUCCGCCGUCAAACCCUGCGACCCUGAAUGGUAGUAGGAGGAGCUGGCUAGGAGGGGAAGGGGAUGUUGACAGAUAUUCCAUUGAUGACUCUCCUUUGUCAGGGAUAAGAAGAUUAACCUUGACUCCAAACACCAGAGAAGAAAGAGGCCGAGGGGGCAAAUCCUAUCGGGGACUCGGUCAAAGCUUUACUGACAGUAAGAGGUUUGGAGUGGAGGCCCGUGAGAACCCUGAUCUUGCAGUGUCAGACACGACGCAAGAUUUUGGAGCAAGUAGCAGCUUCCAGUCGAACUUCCCGCAGGCAGACUUAAGAGAGAAAGCAGUGAAUGAGGAUGUGAAUCCACCGGAGUCAAUCAACCAAACAUCCUCAAGUUCUUUUUCAAGACCAAUUCAAGUCGAUUCUCUUGCCUACAGGCGGAAAACUUUAGACACCGUAAACGAAAUAGAGGACGGAGUCGGUACCCGUGAAAGUGGGAGCACGAAGUCCUCAAGCUUCUUUACUGCAAGUGACCAAAGUGAUGGUAGCGAGGAAACACCUCCGACUGCGCAGUCUGGAGAGAGUGCAGAGGUGACGUCCAUGAACGUCGACCUUAGGGGUUCUCUACAAGGAAAGACCUCGUCCAUCAGUGGAGGUGUGAAAAUGCGUGAUGAGUAUGGCUUGGAAGCCCAAGCUUUUCGUAGAGGAUAUACUGAAGAUGUACACCAAAGUUUCACGGGAAAACAAGAAACUGUCCGUGAUGACGGAGUCACACACAUUAGAAUUACUAAUGUGAGUGACACAGAUGAGUUGAAUGUGUUGGAUGAAGCUGAAGUUGUGGAUUAUUUAGCGAUACACCAAGUUGAUAAACUUGUUGGAGCCGACAAUCACAUCAACAUAUCAAAAAAGGGUGUCGACGGCGAAGAGGUCCUCAAUAAAACGAGUUCGAUCACUACCGCACCAUAUGCAACUGCAAGAAACGUCCGAUCUGGUGAGAUUAAAUCUAGUGGCACCGUAACAGAAGUCCGGAACGAUGUGGACAAAUUUCCGGAAUCGAAUAGAGAGUUUCUGGAGUUUAGACCAGAGGAGGUUUUGAAUGGGGAUGAGGAAGAAGCACCGACGUCUUCUGAUUCUAGUGCACCACAUGUGCCAAGGGAGCGUAUACAUCACGACGAGCGGAUCAUUGUUUCAACAACUUUUGAAGGGAGUAGGUCGGAGACAGAAGUAAGUCAAGAAAACGUGCCAGCAAAAGUGCCAGCUCCAAGUGAAGACGCCGAUGGCACUGGGAGGUUGGUCACACCAGACUUAGACAUGGAGGAUGUGUGGGCGAGUAAUGCUACCUCUGUGUCCACAGGUGAAGGUUUUGAAUUACCUUAUAAGAAAAUCAAGCAGGAAGUUCCAGAAGAUUUUGGAGAGAAUGCGAGAGGCUGGGUGGAUAACAAAACCUACGCAGUUGGUCAACCGAAACGUGAGCUGGAUUCAUUUUUGCAUAAUCAGUAUCUGUGGGUCCGGGAUAAUGACGGUGUCUUCAUCAAACAACGAAGAGAAAGCCAAGAUAGAGGAAGCAGCAGGGUUACUGGAGAUAUCAAAGGCUCAAGGAAGGAAGCGGUCGAUGCAUCAAAUGCACCUAAACGAGCGUCUACUAAAGGGGACAGAGAUCCAAAGUUCCCAAGACGUCAAAAGCAAAAGAGAAUAUCUUCUGGAUUCGAUUAUCGACAGUUGUAUCUUACACCAAAUAAUGAAAGCAAUUCUUCUGAUCAACAAACUGGUCCCAUAACUUCUGGAAGCAGGAAGUAUACUUCAUCUACAAGCUCUGCAGACGCUGGGAAGACAAAACCUAUAAGGUAUGGGUCAGGGAGGACGCUUUAGAUUUUUGCACUCUGGCUAAGUCAGCCAAUGUUGAAUGUAACGUAUGAAGUAUUGUACAAAAUUUGUAAACGACACCCAACCCUACAUGACAGCAAAAAUUGCUGUCAUAUUGGGUUCAUUUUUACCUGUCUGGGUUCGCAUGAAUCAGACAAUAUGUAUGGAAAGUCAAGUGUAUCGAUGUAUAAUUUGCGUGUG